AGUGCAUACUCUGAUGGGUGAUCUUGUCAAAGGAAAAUAUUGGCCAAAGGUUGCUGAUGAACAUCGUAAAAAACCACAAUCGAUUAUGUUGGCUGACAAAAAUGCUCCAAAUGAAGAUGUCUGGAGACAGAUUGAAGACAUGUGUCGAAGAACUAGGGCUUCUGCAGUUCCAAUCGUUGCUGAUUCUGAAGGAACCGAUACAAAUCCAUAUUCACUUGAUGCCUUGGCUGUAUUCAUGUUCCGGGUACUUCAACGAGUUAACCAUCCGGGAAAGCUCGACAAGGAAUCUUCAAAUGCAGGCUAUGUGCUAUUGAUGUUUUAUCACCUUUAUGAGGGAAAGAACCGCAAUGAAUUUGAGAGUGAAUUGAUUGAGCGCUUUGGCUCCCUCAUCAAGAUGCCACUAUUGAAAUCAGACAGGACUCCUUUACCUGAUCCUGUUAAAUCAGUUCUUGAGGAGGGCAUAAAUUUGUUCAAUCUCCACAGCAGAAGACAUGGGAGACUCGAGUCGACAAAAGGAACAUAUGCAGCAGAAUGGACCAAAUGGGAGAAACAACUACGAGAUACUUUAGUUGUGAAUUCUGAGUAUCUCAAUUCUAUUCAGGUUCCAUUUGAGUCUGUGGUUCAUCUAGUGCGAGAAGAGCUAAAAAAUAUCGCAAAGGGUGAAUACAAGCCACCAAGUUCAGAGAAAACAAAACAUGGGUCUAUUGUUUUCGCUGCCAUCAACUUGCCUGCUACUCAAGUUCACAGUCUUCUUGAAAAGGUAACCAACCAAAUUCUUAAACUAUCAUUAAAAAAAUGGAAUAUUGAGACACGAACUCUUCAACCGUCGAAAACUAAAGGUUAAAAGUUCAUAAACUCAAAUCGUAUUUUUGUUCCUGCCCCCAUUUGUCACAGAGUGGGCACACAUCAUAUUUUCCUUUUAUCUCAUGCAUCAGACCUUAAGGUUAUGUAUGGGCUUUGUUAAUAAUAGAUGUUUUCUCUUAUCAGUUAGCCGUAGCAAACCCAACAAUGAGAUUUUUUCUAGAGGGUAAGAAAAAGACCAUACAGGAAAAACUUGAACGGUCUCAUGUGACGCUUGCCCACAAGAGAAGCCAUGGCGUAGCAGCUGUAGCCAGCUAUGGUCAGCACUUGAACAGAGAGGUACCCGUAGAGCUCACGGAGCUCAUCUACAACGACAAGAUGGCAACUCUAACUGCCAAUGUCGGAUGUGUGGACGGAGAGACGGUAGUCUCCAAGAACGAAUGGCCACAUGUUACGUUGUGGACUGGAGAAGGCGUAACUGCGAAAGAGGCCAACACGUUACCUCAGCUUUACUUAGAAGGGAAGGCGAGCCGCUUAGUGAUAGAUCCUCCGGUCUCAAUCUCAGGUCCUCUGGAAUUUUUCUGAAUACUUAUGAAACAUGGAAGGUGCUCUCGCUUGAGGUUGCUCGUGGAAUGGGACACUUAUGAUUGUUAUUAUAAUAAACCGUUUCCAUUGUCAUGAGAUUUUGAGGUUAAUAUAUGUUAAUUAUUCUUCUUUUUUAUUUGAUGUUGAAUAAAUAAAUGAUACAAGUGCCUCUUCA